UUGUGCUUUUCAAUCCAAACAAGUUGCUUUGCUCCUUUGAAAACCCAUCAGAGUUUCUGUAUUUGAUUUUGAAGUUGAAGCAACCCUCCAUUGGUCGACUUCUCUACGAGCAGAAAAUGGCAGGGACCCGUCGGCACUAUACAGAGUACUUGGGACUCUACAAAGCUACACUAGAAGGUGACUGGACUGAAGCCGAUAGAAUUCACAAUUCAGAUCCGCUCGCUUUCACUGCCCAUAUCACUUGCAAAUUCGAGGUACCUCUCCACAUAGCGGCCGGAACAGGGCGCAACCUACACUUUUUGAAGGAGUUGGUGCAGAGAAUGAGUGAAAGGGAACUGGAACUGGGCGACUCAUUUGGAAGCACAGCUCUUCAUCUUGCUUCAAUAGCAGGAAACACUGAAGCUGCUCGAAUCUUGGUUUCAAAGAAUUCAAGAUUGCUAAUUUUGAGGAACUGCAUUGAUGAUACUCCACUUCAUUGUGCUGCAGAGCACGGUCAUGAAGAUACUGUUCGGUUUCUGUUACCAAAGACAGAGAACUUGGAUCCGACUGUAUUUGCUGGGGAAGUUGGUGUCAAUCUUGUUAAUCAUCUCUUCACUGCCGAUUUAUAUGGCAUUGCUCGUUAUGUAUUGGAAAUGUAUCCGAAUUUAGGUCUUGAACGAGACCGUAAUGGGAAAACUGCAUUAGAGACAUUAGCAGAAAGGCCUCAUGCAUUUCCAAGUGGUUCUCAGCUCGGAUACUGCAGACGCUUGGUAUAUAAGAGUAUUUAUGUUGAUGGUGGAAGUGUGGAACUGUCUAGUGGAAUCACUGAUGAGGAAAAUCAAACUGGGUGUGGCACUUGGUGUGUUGAUGCAAAACAUAUCAGUCCGAUUUGGAAGAACUUCUCAUGUAAGUUUAGAAGGUUUGGGCUGAUAAAGCACAGCUAUGACUCAAAGUUGAUGCACAAGCAUGCACUUGAAAUAGUCAGACAAAUAUGCGAUGAAACUGCAAAACUGACUGGCUUAACACCUGAAAGUUUAUUGAGAAAUCCGUUACUAAAGGCCGCGAGAAUGGGCAUUCAUGAGAUUGCUACCAUGAUUAUUAAGGCCUAUCCUUACUCAGUUUGGCUCUGUGAUGACGAUAAUCAAAAUAUAUUUCACCUAGCAGUCCUUCACCGCCAAGAAAACGUUUUCAAUCUGUUGUACCAAAUGAGUAUGCAGAAGAGUUUCGCGACAAGAUCAACAGACCACUAUGGCAACAACAUCUUGCAUUUAGCAGGAAAGUUAGCACCAUCGAAGAGGAUUUUGGGUGCAGCUCUGCAAAUGCAAAGGGAGCUGCAAUGGUUCAAGGAAGUGGAAAAAGUUAUCCAACCAUCAUUCAUAGAAAAUAAAAACAGAACAGGAAAAACUCCAAGAAUGGUGUUCACUGAAGAGCACAGAGAAUUAGUCAAGGAAGGUGAGAAAUGGAUGAAAGACACAGCUUCAUCCUACACAUUUGUAGCAGCACUUGUCGCGACAGUAGUGUUUGCAUCCGCAUUUACAGUACCAGGCGGCAACAACAGCGAUAAAGGAAUUCCCAUCUUUUUAAACAACUUGUCAUUCAUGGUUUUCGCUGCAUCAGAUGCCAUAGCUCUCUUUUCUUCAUCAACAUCAGUACUGAUGUUCUUGGGUAUACUCACUUCGCGCUAUGCGGAGGAAGAUUUUCUCAAGUCCUUGCCAAUGAGAUUAAGUAUUGGCCUAGUUAGCUUGUUUAUCUCAAUAACAUCAAUGCUAAUAGCCUUUAGUGCAUCCAUGUACAUAGUUCUUUCUCAUCAAUCGGGAUUUGUUCUGAUUCCAAUCGUUCUAUUAGCUGUUUUUCCGGCAAGCUUAUUUGCUUGGUUGCAGUUCCCUCUCCUGGUUGAAAUAGUCCUUUUAACAAAUGGUCCUAGUGUAUUUGGUCAGCAAAGUAAGGAAAUUAUCUACUAGUUGUGAGACUUGGUAUGGCAAUAAAUUUUUCACUAAGCAUGUUUUGACUGUU